AUGUCCACCACAAACGAAAUUAAGGUUCCCUUCUUCAGGAAGGGAAAAUCUCGACCAACAACCUCACGAAAAAGAUCGGAUUCUCCGCCUCCCCGUGGGUCAGCGCCGAUACCGUCUUCAUCCAAGUCUGCGGUGGUUCAUCCUUCUCGCAAAGCAACUGGCAAUCUUCUGAGCGCUGGCACUAAACGUACUGCUGCACAACGAAGGGAGGAUGAAAUGGACGAUCCAGACUUUGUGGAACGUGAUGGUCCUGCUGUGAAAUGGACCGCAGCUGGAUCACACACCAACGCAGCACUUGAAAUACUAGCUGGUGACGAAGCCGCGGAGCUACUUGCAAAACGUCAGAAGAAAGAGAAAGCAGACAGAGGUGAAGAGGAGGAGGAAAUGCCUGAUGAUGGGCUGUAUAGGGGCCAGAAUGCUUAUCGAAGUCACCUGAAAAAAAGUCAGGAAGUACCCAAAGCUAUGCGUGUUGGUCCUCAGCGAGGUACUAGCACCAUUCGUACUGUAACCAUUGUCGAUUAUCAGCCCGAUGUUUGCAAAGACUAUAAAGAAACGGGGUACUGCGGGUUUGGUGACACUUGCAAAUUCUUGCACGACCGUGGCACAUAUCUUGCUGGUUGGCAAUUGAAUGAGCUCGCUGAAACCCCGCGGAAACAAGUCGAGGAUGCGUCAGACUCCGAUUCUGACGAGGACAUACCUUUCGCUUGUCUCAUCUGCCGCAAACCUUAUACAGAUCCAGUGGCCACGCGGUGCGGCCAUUAUUAUUGUUCGGCCUGCGCAAUCAAGCGCUAUGCCAAGACUCCAAAGUGCUUAGCAUGCGGCGCCCCCACGGGUGGAAUAUUCAAUCGUGCUGACAAAAUCAUCGACAAAUUGAACAAGAAACGCGCAGAAAAGGACGAUGCUCACGUCGAAGAUGACAAUCCUGGGGUCGAAAUUGAGGGCUUGGUUGAUAACGGAAGCAGAGACAGUGACUCAGGUGACGAUGAUAAUGAUUGA